AUGCGCUGGGAAGGCCCUUCGAUGCAACCAGCAAAUCUUUCUCCGUGCGCGGCUGCGCUAAAAACGUUUCAUGACGUCGGGAGCUCGCGCGUCGGCGGGGGCCCCCGUGCACAGCCGGCUGCAAGGUCUGGGGACGCAGUGGAAGGCGCGAAAGCUGACACCCUCCGCUCCGGAGGGCCCCGCAGGCAGGCGACAGCCACUGCGAGCACCGAGGACGCAGCUGCCGCCUUCGCGGCGCAGAUGCGGGGGGGAUCUUCCAGGAUCCUUGGGGGCCCCCUGGCAAAGGGGGCCCUCCCCCGCGCGGAAUGCUUCCAUGUGGGGGGCGGGGGCCCUCGACGGGAGCGGCGGGGCCUCAGCAGCGCGUCGGGGGGAAGCGCGAAGAAAUGCCCCUACGAGAUCCUUGGCUGCAGCAAGGGGGCCCCCCUCGCCGAGGUCAAGAAAGCCUUCAGAGAACAGGCAAAGAAGUAUCAUCCGGACUUGAAUCCUAGCCCAAGCGCCAAGCAGACAAUGGCGAACAUAACGGCCGCAUACGAGUUCUUGAGCGAUCCGAAGAAGAAGGAGUUUUAUGACAGGACGGGCAUCUCCCCGGAGGACGCUGCUGCGGGAGCCGCCGCUGGAGGUUCCGGUGCAGGUUUUGGGGGUGGAGCGCACUUUGACCCUUCGAUGCUCUUCACCGAUUUUGCGGAGAUGUUUGCGUCUAUGGCUCGCGGGGGAGGCGCCUACGCGGGGGGGGGCCCCCAGUCGUUUGCGUCUGCCUUUGGGGGUGGGCCCACUGGGGCCUCGCGCGGGGAGGACAUCCAGACAGAACUGGGGUUAGACCUCAUGGAGGCUGUCAAGGGUUGCGAGAAGACCUUACGAUUCAGUGCCAACACGCAGUGCGACGCAUGCGGCGGCUCGGGAAGCGCUGCGGGGAGCAGCGGAGUGCAGCGCUGCAGGGGCUGUGGUGGAAGCGGUGUGCAGAGGGUUGAGAGGGGCCCCAUUGUUCUAGGAGUGCCUUGUCGGCAGUGCUCCGGAAGCGGCCAAGUUAUUACAAAUCCUUGCAGAUCUUGCCGAGGCGCAGGGGUUCGCAUGCAGCCCCGAACGCUCAGCAUUGACAUCCCCAAAGGUGUUCGACACGGCAUGCAGAUGCGCGUGCCGAAUCAAGGCCAUGCUGGUCAACGAGGUGGGAAAUCUGGUCAUCUUUUUGUUAGUAUCAGCGUGCGGCCGCACCCCGUGUUUCGAUGGGUAGACGACGAUCUUCACGUUGACUGCCUUCUGGGGGGACGCGUGGAAGUACCCACGCUGGACGGACAGAUUGAGCUCCUCGUAUCGCCGAACACGAACCCCGCAACCGUCAAGGUUCUCAGAGGACGAGGCCCCGUGCGCAUGCACCACCAGGGAGCGCAUGGAGAUAUUGUUGUUCAUUUCCAGCUGAGUUUGCCCACGUCUUUGUCACCCCAGCAGACACGCCUUAUUGAAGAGUUUGACAGACUCGAGACUCAGCAGCGGGAAGCUGCUGCGGAGCGCCGUCGCGCUGCAGCGGCGCAGGCCACAGCUGCGGCAGCAGAGGCUGCUGCCCGCCAACGUCGAGCUGAACAACCUCCUGGAGCAAAAAGCUCCGAGGCCAGAGCAGACAGCAGCGAGGCCCCUUCUGGGAGUACUGGGGAGACGUCUACUGGUCAUGAAAAGUAG